GAAAUCUAUCAAUCAAACAAACAAGAUUCAGACACACAAAAACAAAGAAGAGAGAUUCAUCCCCCUUUUCUCACUGACUCUGGAAAAAAAGUCUCCUUUCUCUGCGAAGAACUGAUUGCCUCUUACUCUUACUCACCCAAUUUGCCUUUCUUGCUUGAAAUAUUGGAAUGGACCCAUUUGAGCAUAGAGUCUAGUUUUCAAAAUUUAAAGGGAGACUACGACAGACUCUUCUGGCAAAGCUCUUAAAUACCUGCUGUCAGUAGAGAAGGGUUUUGAAUUAAAAAAGAAUAUUUUUGCUGGUAGGAUUUACUUUCUCUGUAUAGGCAAAGAAGAAGAAAUGGGAGAAUCAGCUUGUCUUUUGAGAUCCUUUUCUCAUCCAUCUAGUGCUUCCAGAGAAGCCAGAGAGGACAAUCCAAUUCGAGCGCUGACCGAAUCAAUCUCAUUCGGGAGAUUUAUGUCAGAAUCUUUGGCUUGGGAGAAGUGGUCAACCUUUAGUCACAAUCGCUACUUGGAAGAAGUUGAGCGGUUUUCCAAGCCAGGUUCUGUUGCCCAGAAAAAAGCAUAUUUUGAGGCUCACUACAAGAAGAGGGCUGCCAUGAAAGCAGCAGCCUUGCUUGAGCAAGCAAACGCGGCAUCUAAUGUUCCUGAAGUAGAAGCUGCAGACGAGGCUCUCAAUAGCUCUCAUGUUAAUUCGGAGCUUCCCAAAGAAACCAAUGAUGUGAUCAUCAAUGAACAAGAUGAGGGGAGUGUUGAUGCUGGCCUAAUUCAAUCCUCUGAUGCAAAUGCAUUUUAUGCUGACGAGCGAAAGGAUAAUUUACAACAUGCGAAGGUGGAAGGAAAUGAAGAGGUGAGAGAAAAAAAUAUUGUGAUGGAAAACUCCAUUCUGGUGGAAAAUGUAAAGGAGAACGAAAAUGCCGAAGACUCUGGCAUUAUCGUGGCCAAAUCGGAAGAGAAAAUGCCCAAUAAGGUAAGUUGCCAUUCCAAUCAGGUAGCUGCUGAAGAGGAGAAUGUGACUUUACCGAGUAAUGAAAGGCAAUCAAAAUCAUCGAGUCAGAGUAGAGCAACAAUACUCCUCAAGUCUUCAGCCAAACUUCCGAGUUCCGCAAGACUAAGAGCUGAAACAAAGGAUACUCCAAACGGCAAGAAGUCUGCUGGAGAAUUGCUGAAUAAAAAGAGAGUAACUCCGAAAUCUAUCCACAUGUCAAUUAAUGUUUCUUCUCAUUUUCAAGACACCAGUGAAAGUUCUCUUAGAGUAUCUAAAUUCAGGCCCGCUACUCCAGAAAUUCCAACCAAGGUCGCAAAUGCAAAGCAGAUUGAAAAUGCUCAGGACAGUGACACGGCCAGUAAGGUAAGUUGCCAUUCCACUCAGGUAGCUGCUGAGGAGGAGAAUGUAGCUUUACCAAGUAAUAAAAAGCAAAUGAGUUCUUCAUCAAAAUCAUCUAGUCAGAGUAGAGCAACGAAACUCCCAAAGUCUUCUCCCAAACUGUCAAGUUCCACAAGACUAAGAGCUGAAACAAAUGCAACUACAAACAGUAAGAAAUCUGCUGGAGGAUUGAUGGACAAAAAGGGAGUAACUCAGAAAUCUAUCCACAUGUCAAUCAAUUUUUCUUCUCGUUUGCAAGACACCAAUAAAAGUUCUCUCAGAGUAUCUAAAGACAGGUCCGCUACUCCAGAAAUUUCAACCAAGGGAUCUGUUUAUGGUGUAUCAAAGCUUCUUCCUUCAGUAUUUCGGCGUUCACAAGAUAGAAGAACUAAGUCAGAGCUCAACAAGUCAGUUUCAGGAAAAAUGACAGCAGGUGGAAUAUCGCAGAUCCUCUCUUCAGACUGCUCGAAAUCUUCAAGUGCAAAGGGAAGCAAAUCACGACCUCCACUUAUCUCCUCUCCAUUUAGCUUUAGAAGUGAUGAAAGAGCGGCAAAAAGAAAAGAGUUCUUUGAGAAGCUUGGAGAGAAAAACAAUGCAAAGGAGGACACAGAAAAAAAGCAUCUGCAAGCAAGACCUAAGGAGAAGGCAGAAUAUGACAUUAAGAAACUACGGCAGAGUGCUGUCUUCGGGGGGAAGCCAAGAGAUGACUUGCAUCGAGGAUUGCGGUCUCCAGAAAAUUCAACGAUGAAGAUCCCAUUGACUCGACCUCGAUCACCGAAACUUGGGAGGAAGUCAACCUCCAAUGUGGCAAGCUCCAAGCCUGUUAUCCAGAGAAGUAACCAUAGCUCAACUCGCUCAAUCACCUUGCUACCAGAGAAGAACACACAUGAGAAUGCUUCUCCAAAUAUCCAGCCGUGAGCUCCUUGUAUACGAGGGUGCCUCUUAUGAGCAUCUGAACUGUGUUGUGUAUGAUCAACCCAGCUAGUGAUUGUGCAGAUUUACAUUUCUACACGCUACGCAAGGAAAAUAAUCCAUUGAUGGCACUGUAAUUUUGAUGACAGCAUUCAACAUUAAGGGCCAGUUUGAUGCUUUUGCUGCGGUGCAACGCGACUCAAAAACAAAUAUUGCCUAAGUAUAAUUUUAUACCAGUCAUUUUUUCUGUUUCCUUGUGGAAGUUGAAUAGUUUUGGCGAUAUGUAGCAUGUUGAGGUUUGACAGUAGAAUCGAGGGGAUCAUUCUUUCAUUACAUGUUGAAAGAUUGGCACUAUUGUUUCAUGGCCUGCUAUGUACAAUUAGCACUAUAAAAUCUGUGUAUAUUCUCAAUUAUUAGCUUAGCAUCACUUUGUUU